AUGAGUACUACAAGCGAAAAGGUCGUCCUCGUUCUGGGCCCAUGUGGGGUCGGAAAGUCGCAGCUAAUUAGCCAUGGUGCAAAUCUCGGUGGUCGUGGUGUCGUUCAUUCUCUCGGUGCGGGCACUGAGCGCGUCGAAAUCGUAAGAACGACGCUCAACGGUGAACCCGUUGUAUUCAUCGAUACACCGGGUUUUGAUGAAUCAUUCAUGUCCCCUAUCACCAUCCUUACAGCAGUUUCGGAGACCUUGGACGAAAACAAACUCAAGGUGGACAUGGUGCUAUAUCUCCAUCGCAUCACGGAUAAUCGAAUGGCGGGUUCCAUUCUCAAGAACCUUGGCCUCUUUCAGGGCAUUUGCGGUGGCAUUGCGAUGCAAAAUGUCAUUGUAGUCCUCACUAUGUGUGGAAAGGUCCCCAUUCCCGUCAAAGACGCGCGAUUAGCAGAGCUCAAGCGCGACUAUUGGGCAGAAAUCGCAAAGCAAGGAGCUACAUUUGCUUGCUUCGGGGACUCUAUCUCGUCUGUCCGCGAUAUUGUUCUGGGUGCCCAUGAAGAACCGAAGAACCCUGAGGUGCCACGCACGAGACCCGUCUCCGAACCACCAAGGUUCACUCGACGGCCCCACCGAGAUACAGUUGCAGGAAUUGCGUUGAAUCAGCAACUGGAAUCGCUGAUUCGGGACAAGAAGAAGUACAAAAGAAGAAUGGAUAAAUCCGAUCGCCAUCGGCAUCGCACAAGACGCAACAGCACACGCGCGGAUAUGCGCAGGAUUCCUGCCGUGAGGGACAGGAUUCUACAAGCAGAGAAACGGCGGAUAGAUCAAGGCAUCGAAGAGACGGUGGACAAGCUCAGACAACUCAACGCCCCCCUUUCCCGUGUCGUCAGAAGAUUGUUUGUUAGAAAGAAGAGCUGA